AUGAUUCUACCCAACAACAACAACAACACUCCAUCACCAACCCGCUACAGUGAAACUCCCAUCCCCGAAGUAAACGUUUCAAAUUCCUCAGCCUUUUAUUCUACUCACGACAAUGGUGGACGACCUUUUCUCGUUGAAAUCCGAAAUGAUCAAGUCAAUAUCUAUGAGAAUGCCUAUUCCAAACCAACAACAAACCAAGUCUCUUCAAGUUGUUUGAUUCGACAGGAAAUGGAAAUGAAUAACAGUGGAGUUAUCAUUGUCAGAAAAGGACUCUAUCAUUGGUGUGCUGGUGAUUCAUGCCCCUCAUGGUUUGCUCUCAUCAAGGAAAUUAAACAAUCGGAAACUCCGUUUGAGGUCUUUGUUGGUGAAGAUAAUAAUGCUUUUUUGCAGGGCUAUGAGCAGCAUCCGGAUGAAUCUUAUCAUGGUGCCUCCAUUCUUAUCAGAUUCAAAUCAAACAAUGAAUGUUGGCAUGUUGGAAUUUGUGUGACAAAAUUCAUCUUGAAGGAUGAAAAGAUUGAGAAAUUAUGUUCCCCUGUUGGAAAUAGUGAUGUCGUAUAUCCAUACCUUGUCACUGAUUCUAAUAUCUAUGUGAUUGAAGGAGAUGUGUCCUACAGACCAAAACAUCAAAUCACAUCCAUCGAUCCUUACGAUGAUUAUUACUCUCAGACGGAUCGAUGGACAAAAUUGCUAGAUGGUUUCUCAGCCACAGAAAGAGUCACCUCAAAGGAUCUCCAUCCAUCCACAGAGCUCACCAUUCUGUAA